UUUAUUGGUUAUUGUUUUUCCUCUGAUGCAGGUAAUGAACAAGACCCAUGCCCUUGUGCUUAAGACCAUUGCUGGACAAAGAGAGGACAUGCUGCACUCCAUCCCACUAUCUACCCUAUCUGAUGCCCUGACACUACGUGCACUGAACACUGCAAAGAUUGUGGCAAAGACACAGGCAGGGAUGGCAGUGGUUGGGGCUGCUCACCACCUACUAGACAAGGCUAACACCAUUGUGGACAACCUACUACCUGCAGAGAAGUGGGACCAUGUUGUGCUAGACCAUGAUGGACGUGGAGGAACAUUUGGUGUAAGAAUUGUGGUACUGAGAGACAAGUGUCGCAGAAGAGUGAAGGCCAAGAUAAGUGAUGGCCUCCAAGUUACUGCCAGUAAACCACUGAACCCUGACGACUUGGACAUCACUCUGGGGCACUUGGUUGAACUUACACGUCGCUUGAUAACUGACUGGCAGACAAAUUUAAGCCAACAAAUCUAUGACAGCAGGAUCUUUCAAUACACUAAAACUUGUAGUACUGUUGCUCUGGAAUGGAUGAAUGUCAUUCUUUCAAAUCUUCAAGCAAGGGCAGGGACAGUUUGGGCUUUGGUGAUUGACAAGGCAGAAAGGUGCAAAGUAUUCUGUUCUCAAGUCCAGCUGGACCAAUGUUAAAAUCUGGUAUGGGAAUGGCAAGUGAUGCUGGGAAGAAGGGUAUGGAGAUGACAAAGAAUGGAGUAGAUAUUGUGACUGCCGUGAUGAGAUAUAACAUCUUAUUAAUGAGAAGUACUAUAUUAGUUGUGGAUGGGAUGGUAAAAGGCAAGGUGAAAGAGGUGAAGCACUGGAGUGUGGAUGUGACAGGGAGGAUGGCUAAAAGAGGCAGCUUAGUAAUCAUUGGUGGAGUAAGUGCAACUAAAAAUGCAAUGACCACCACAACACAAGCUAGCCUUGCUACAGUAGCAAUAAUGUUUGGCAUGGCACAGCAUGUGACCACUGGUGUGAUCAGCAAGGGUGGAUCAAUAAGAAGGCAGGGAGUGAACACAAUUAGAAACAUUUGGUGUGCUAACACUAGGAUUCUGCUGAGAAUCUGCACAAUAAGUCAGAAAUUCCUACCAGCAAGCAAGUACUUUCUCUACCUGAACUCACUGAUUGGGGUUCCAUAUAUUUGGAUCAGUGAUGCUUCCUGCCAUGAGAUGCAACAGCAACAGCAAGAGGUGCAGCAUUCACAAGCUCCUAGCACCAAUGUCAUCUCUUCACAGAACACACAAGAAACACCACUCGUCUUAAAGGAUCUGAAGACUUGUGACCGUUGACUCUGAGGACCUGAUCCAGCUGAUAAAUGGAUUAUAUACUAUGGAGCUGGUUCCCAAAAGACAUCAUCAAUAAAACUGCUUAUGGGUUUGUUACUGAGUUACAUAAACAUCUGGCAACAUGAAAUAUUGAAAUCCAUGUUAAUAUUUUGGCCAUUUUAUAGAGGAACUUUUAAGUAUUUAUAUUUAAGGAAAAAAAAUAUACUCGCAUGUAAUAUUAUACCUUUUCUUACAGAAAAAUACUGAGAUUGACACUGUAGAUACCAGAAAGCACCUGUUUGGUCAUGGCAUGCUCACUUCCAAUUCACAGUGGCCAGUAUUAACUUUGAUGGAAUUAAUAACAUUGAUUGAAAGCAUCAGAAACCUUAAGUUUUAAUUCAACAACUUAAACCGCAUCCUAAAACAUAAAAAAAAAAAUAAUAAAAGCAACGAAUGAAGCAGCAGUCAUAUCUCGUGCUGCAUUUUUUUUUUAUUAAUGUACCAAAUUCCAUCAAGCAGUUGAGUCAACAAAACAUUUCACAUUUCCUUAAUGAACACUUAUGAAUAUUAUGUGCUAGAUUAUAAAUAAAACAUGCAAACGUUA